AUGUCGAUCGUAACCGAGAUUCUUACUGGAGAUAACUAUAAUACAUGGAUAAUCACUAUGAGAACUAGUCUAGAAGCAAAGAAUAAGAUUAGUUUCGUUGAUGGAUCUCUUCCUCGACCUCAUGAAUCUGAUCCUUUGCACAAAAUCUGGAUUCGUUGCAAUAGUAUGGUGAAGGCUUGGAUGCUGAAUGUAGUCUCUAAACAUAUCUAUGAUAGCAUUCUCUAUUUUCAAGAUGCUGCUGGAAUUUGGGAAGAUCUUCAUAGACGGUUUCAUAAGAGUAAUCUCCCUCAGAUCUAUAACCUUGAGCAAGAGAUAAGCUCUUUGCGUCAGGGAAAUAUGUCAUUAUCUGAAUAUUACACCAAGAAGGUUACUCUCUGGGAGCGUUUGGCUUGUACUAAGAAUCUGAUGGAAAAUGGUGGAUGUCGGUGCUCACAAGUUAUGAAGCUAUUAGAUGAUUAUGAGACCACACGCAUCACUCAGUUUCUUAUGGGACUCAAUGAUGAUUUCACUAAUAUCAGAGGACAAAUAUUGAAUAUGAAGCCACGGCCUAGUCUUUCUGAUAUGUACAACAUGUUGGAGUCUGAUGAGUCUCAACGGCAACGUAUCAGUACAAAGCCUAACCCGUCUGCUUUCCAAGUCAAAGCACAAGUGAAUGCAUAUCAACCAAAGGGAUUUCAGAAACCUCAAACCACUUGUGCACAUUGUGGUUUAAACGGACACACUAUUGAUGUCUGCUACAAAAUUCAUGGAUUUCCUCCGGGUUGGAAACCAAAGAAUCAGAGACAGAACUCUAAUCAAAGGUUUAAUGCACCAGCGGCAGCCAAUCUUGCUCUUACUGAAUCUGGAUCAGAAUAUGACAGGGAAAAAGCACUCAGUCCUGAACAGUUACAGUACUUGGUAUCUUAUCUCAACUCAAAGCUGCAGCCUCAACAAUCUGCAGGACAUGCUCAUACUAACUCCUCGACUGCAACUAUUACUGAGAUAACUUCUCCUGGUUCUUCGGGUCUGAAUCCUAUGGCUUGCCAAAUGACUGAAAAAAUGAAUUCUUGGGUUAUUGACACUGGUGCUACACAUCAUGUCACCCAUGAUAAGAACCUGUUUCAGCAUAUGACACCUAUUCAAGAUACAACAGUAAAACUUGCUAAUGGUGUUGGUGUAAGAAUACAGGGUUUAGGAAAUAUAAGACUCAACGAUAAGCUUUUGCUUACUGAUGAUCUUACAAAGGGGUUGAUGAUUGGCAGAGGUAGAUUACACAACAAGCUAUACUUCUUGGAUUUGCAGUUUCAACCAUCAGAUCAAGCUAUUCCUACAUUCUGCGUCUCAGUAAAGUCGGACUUCCAUACUUGGCAUCAAAGAUUGGGUCAUCCUUCUACUCAAAAGCUCAAAUAUUUUUUGACUAUUGUGGAUGAUCAUUCUCGGGCAACAUGGGUGUAUCUGCUCAGAAAUAAAUCAGAAGCUAUCACAGUAUUACCUGGUUUUGUUUCAAUGGUUGAAACACAAUUUGAUACAAAGAUCAAGGCAGUGCGCUCAGAUAAUGCUCCGGAGUUCAAUUUCACAAAGUUCUACAGAGAAAAAGGGAUAGUAUCUUACCACUCUUGUCCAGAGACUCCCCAACAAAACUCUGUAGUAGAGAGGAAACACCAACAUCUUCUCAACGUUGCAAGGUCUCUAAUGUUUCAAUCUCAUAUACCUCUUGAAUACUGGAGUGAAUGCAUCAUGACUGCAGUUUUUCUGAUAAACAGAUUACCUACAGAACAAUUGUCUAAUAAGUCUCCUUUUGAGAUUUUAAUGCAGAAACCACCAGAGUAUGAUGCUUUGAGAACAUUUGGAUGUUUGGCUUAUGCUUCUACUUCGCCACAACAGAGACACAAGUUUGCUCCAAGAGCAAGAGCUUCUAUUUUUCUGGGAUAUCCUACUGACAUUAAGGGUUACAAACUUCUGGAUAUUGAAACUCAUGAUGUCUUCGUAUCAAGACAUGUCAUUUUUCAUGAAGAGUUAUUUCCUCUGGCAAUUGGAGACAUGAAACAGCAAAUUCAGGAUUUGUUUCCUUCCGUGUCUGAUUUUGGUAAUGGUUUAGCAGUGGAUAAAGGUUCUGUUAUCAUUCCCAAGGCACAUAAGGUUACUGAGCUACAAGACAGUGUUGAGGAUGUUUCUGCGGUAGAAGAUUCUGCGUCCAUCACUCACAUGUCUAAGCCAAAUCCGGAGAAUGCAGUUGCUGUAGAAGAUUCAGUUACUGUUAAUGCUGAUAUGUCUUCAGAUAACGAUGAAUUAACCGAAAUGGUUAUUGAUUUUCCAAGGAAAACGAAACAACCUGCGUAUCUGCAGGAUUAUCAUUGUUAUCAUGUUAGCACAGAUAUACUCUACCCUUUGUGUCACUAUUUGUCAUAUGACAAAUUAUCUGGACCUUAUCAUUUCUUCUUAACCGCUAUCUCAAGGGAAUUUGAACCCACAACCUAUUCAGAAGCUAUGAAGCAUAUUGUUUGGACAAAUGCAAUGGGAGAAGAGAUUACAGCAUUGGAAGCUACUAACACUUGGUCGAUAUGCUCUCUUCCUGCUGGUAAACAUGUUAUUGGCUGCAAAUGGGUUUAUAAGGUCAAAUAUCAUUCUGAUGGCACUCUAGAACGACAUAAAGCUCGAUUGGUGGCUAAAGGAUACACUCAAAAAGAAGGUCUUGAUUAUGUUGAUACAUAUUCACCUGUGGCUAAGUUGACUUCAGUAAAAAUGCUUCUUGGUGCUGCUGCAAAGUUGGGUUGGUCUUUAUCUCAGCUGGAUAUUUCUAAUGCCUUCUUGAAUGGAGAUUUAGAUGAAGAAAUUUACAUGAGAUUACCACCUGGAUAUGCCUCUAGUAAGGGGGACUCUUUACCACCCAAUGCAGUUUGUAAACUCAACAAGUCACUUUACGGACUUAAACAAGCUUCAAGGCAGUGGUAUUUGAAAUUUGCAGAGACGCUGCAGAGUUUAGGAUUUCUGAAAAAUCACUCUGAUCAUACUUUAUUCACAAAAGUUACAGGUUCUAUUCUACUGAUAGUUCUUGUUUAUGUGGAUGAUAUUAUUAUCUCUAGCAACAAUGAUACUGCUGCUGAUGAACUCAAGACAUAG